CAUGUACGUUGUCAACUCGACGUGAGUUGAUCUCACACAGUGGUCAAGUGAUCGUACCAAAAUGCCGAGAAGAAGGGCUGCCCAGAACGCUGCUUCGAAAAUCUCUGACAUUGCGGAUAAAGAAAACGAUUCGUCUGUGAAGAAAACGAGAACAGCAAAAUCUAGUGCUGGAAAAUCUCUGAAGGAACAAUUGAUAAAGAAGACUAGUGGACAAAAUGAAGAGAUCACGUGUUCAAAGGCAGAGCAACAGGAAAUUCAAACCAAGGAGAAGAGGACUGAUCUUACGAUAGAGUCUGGCAAAGAGAACAAGUCAGAUAAACCAGCGAAAGAAAAGAAAAGAAAGCCAAAGAAAGAUCAAGAAACCCUGUCAACAGACAAAAUAGCUGAUGAGCCAAGAAAAAAUUGGUCAGAGAAUGAUGUCCCUAAAGUAAAAAGGUCACAGCCCGAGAAGCCUGUAAAGGAGGACACUGUAUCUCGAGGGAAAACCAAACCGAGGCCGAAGCAGGCAUCUACGAAGAGCACUAUAGUAAACUCAGAGGCAACAAUGACUGUUGCUCAGAAAACAAAAAAUAGGGAACCUCACCUAUAUCAAGUUAAAAAGCCGAGUAACAUAAAAACAGAUCCAGAUGAUGAUGAUGUAGAUUCUUUAAAAGCAAAACCCAAAACGAGGCAUAAAAAGGAGUCAAAGAUAAAUCCAAAAGAAACAACUGGAAUAGAAAACAACAAUACCGCUUUGAAUGAUAUCAAGAAAACGAAAGUAAGGGCUACAGGACGAAAGAAAAACAGGACUGAGCAAGACGAAAAUGAUAAUGAUUACACAUCCAAAGGUCAGUCUCCAAAUGGAGGAUUGGUUAUGAAACCAGACUUAAGUCAUAGCAACAAAACCCUGGAACCUUUGAAGGUGGAUUUGCCGAAAGGAGAGCAAAAAAUAAUACAGGAUCGACCAAAAAAAUUAGGACAAUCUAAGAAAUUGAAAUCAUCAGAGCAGAUUGAAGAGGAUAUCCUGGGUGUUAGAUCUCAGAUAUCUCAAUGGUGGGACAAAUGUUACUAUGGAAAAGAACAAAGAACGCUUUGUCGGCCCUUUUUUGAUGAAAACCUGACGUCAUCUAAUCUAACAGCCCUGAAAAAAGAAGAAGCAAAGCUACGGAAAUUUUACGAAAAGAAUCGCCAUAUAUUUGAUAAUAUACACGAAUCUCUGCAAAGGGAUACUAAACAAAGCCAAGGACCAUCAAGUACUAGCACCGAUUAUAAGGCAGAAAUACUGACUAAAGAAAAAGAGUUACAGGAUUGUCAGACACUGCAUCAGGAAAUCUUUCAUCAACUAGAGUCCCAGCUGGAAGAAAAGGAGAAAAAAAUUUACCAGCUAGAAAAGAAUAUUAAAGAAAUGAAAUCACACCAAACGGUAUCACAGAAGCUGUGUUAUCGAACUUUGUCCAUUUUUAAGCAGCCGCCGCAAGAAAAGGAUCAUGAAAUUACAACACCUCGAACAACCGAAGAAUAUCUCAACUCGACCUACACAAAAGAGAAUGAUUGUGAUUUUGGAAAAAAGAAAAACCAGUCUGCAACGACGUGUAACAAUGAGGAUUUCCAUGAAGUAAAUGUGCUUUAUGAAUUUUGUCAAAAACAGAAGAAAACCAUCCGAAAUCUCGAACGAGAGAUCGAACUGAUGCGACAGGAAAGAAGGAAGCAAGCAAAUGAUUUCAGCGAACCUGGUGGACUUGCCGAAUGAUUAAAAAGUUUUGGAAUUUUAAAGACUCAUUAAAUCUUAUAGGUUUUAAAAUGUUUUGACAUGUUUUAUUAAUAAAUUUGUAAUUAAAAAUAAAUGUUUUGUUUUGAU